GUCAACGUCGUGGUGCGCGAUCUUCGUCCUCGCGCUCGCGCGUAACCGUCGACGUAUUCGGUGAUCGCGUCGCCGUCGCCGUCGCCGUCGCCGUCGCCGUCGCCGUCGCCGUCGCCGCUGAGCGCCGGUAAAAGCGCGCAGCGAAAAGAAACGGAGUUUUCCCUCGGAUCGUCGGUCGUGUGCGCGGGAGGGGGGGAGGUCGGUGCGCGAGGCGCCGCGCCGGAACGAGAGGCGAGACGGCCGUCGUUUGCCGCUGCUUGCCAUCGUCGCCGCCACCGCCACCGCCACCACCGCCGCCGCCGCCGUCGCCGUCGUCGUCCGUCGUCGUCGUCGUCGUCGUCGUCGUCACUAACACCAUCAAAGCCGAACCGUGCAGCAGUGGCAGAGCAGCACAACCACCGUGGACUACCGUGGACGACAUCAUCACGGAUAACGACGUCGCCGUCGUGGUCGUUACCGCCGCCGCCGCCACCACCACUACCACCGCCACCACCACCACCAUCACUACGGCCGCCGUCGCCAAGAUAGCCGCGCGAUCGUAGCCGUCAGGCGACACUCGGAGAGGUGCGGAGGUGAACAAGGGACGUACGUGUUUUAGACACACGGGUGGACAACGGGUAUUCGGAGUCGGACAUACCUAACGUUUUAAUAACACACACACGAGGGUGGAAUAUAUGGUGUGGGCGUCCCCCGUGCGAGUGGGGGCACUUGAUGGCCGCAGAAAUUGGGCGAACUGCAAGCAAACAGCUAUCGUCGGAGUGCGGUAAAACGACGUCGCUAUCCAGUCCCGGUGGCAACGUGAGCCUCGAUACUAGCCGGGUGAUCGUGGGAACGGAACAGCAGUACCAACAGCAGCGACAGCAGUUGCAGCAAUCGCAUUAUCAUCAACGAGAAUCGUCGCUGUCGCCGCCACAGCAGCAGCAGCACCAGCAGCAGCAACAACAGGACGAACAGGAUCGAACGUCGUCGGCCACGGUACAAGUCAGAAAGGCGCUCGGUAAAAGACGUUGUCGGACGACUCCUCUUUCUCCUUCUUACCAGAAUCGCGUACCGUUCGCGACCGCGCAGCCAACAGCGGAGAACAAUCAGCAGCAACAGCAAGCGUUAAUCAACGCGGAUAACGUAACCUCGACGGCGGAGGCCGUCACCGAGGUACCCGGCGCCAUCAAGACGACCAUCAACAUCGGCUUCGCGAUGAACCACGUAAACGAUCAGGAGAACCUCAAACAGCUCAGCCUCGCACCCGUUCAAGUUAACGAGGUCGAGGAGAUGGACACGCAGGAGGAAACCCCAAAUGAUGGUGGGGGAGACGGAACUGACAACCGUCCUAUAAAUGGUGAACCAGAAUUAGCAUGUAUAGUUCAGGAUCAAGAAAUGGAAGAAGAUGAGGCCAGAUCCGAAGCUACUUUUCGAUACACUGUUGAGAAUAUAUCUAAGAUGAAAGAUUCACAGUUGUCCCCUGCAUGUUACGUUCGUAAUUUACCAUGGAAAAUAAUGGUGAUGCCACGGUCGAGUCAGACACAGGAGAGACAACCACAAAAAUCUCUUGGAUUCUUUCUUCAGUGUAAUGGAGAGAGUGAAUCGACAUCGUGGAGUUGUUAUGCUGUUGCUGAACUGCGUCUUCUUUCUUGUAAAGAAGGACAAGAACCAUUUAGCAGAAAAAUUCAACACCUCUUCUACAGUAAAGAGAACGAUUGGGGCUUUAGUCAUUUUAUGACAUGGCAAGAUGUUUUAGAUCCUGAUAAAGGUUUCAUAAAAGACGAUUCAAUCACGCUCGAGGUUCAUGUAGUAGCUGAUGCACCUCAUGGGGUCAGUUGGGACAGUAAAAAACAUACAGGAUAUGUAGGUUUGAAAAAUCAAGGUGCUACAUGUUAUAUGAAUUCUUUAUUGCAAACUCUUUAUUUUACAAAUCAGUUGCGAAAGGCAGUAUAUAAAAUGCCAACAGAGAGUGAUGAUUCGAGUAAGAGUGUUGCACUAGCCUUGCAGAGGGUUUUUCAUGAAUUACAGUUUUCUGACAAGCCCGUUGGUACAAAAAAACUAACUAAAAGCUUUGGUUGGGAGACGCUGGAUUCUUUCAUGCAGCAUGAUGUGCAGGAAUUUCUACGAGUGCUAUUAGAUAAAUUGGAGAGCAAAAUGAAGGGAACAUGCGUGGAAGGUACAGUGCCAAAAUUAUUUGAGGGAAAAAUGGUCUCUUUUAUCAAGUGUAAAAACAUAGAUUACAAAUCCACAAGAGUUGAAACAUUUUAUGACAUACAGUUAAAUAUAAAGGGCAAGAAAAACAUUUACGAGUCUUUUAGCGAUUAUGUGAGUACAGAAAGUCUCGAUGGUGAUAAUAAAUAUGACGCAGGAGAGCAUGGAUUACAGGAAGCGGAAAAGGGCGUCAUUUUUUCUUCGUUUCCACCAGUUUUACAUUUACAUUUAAUGCGUUUUCAAUAUGAUCCUGUCACAGACUGUUCAGUCAAAUUUAACGACAGGUUCGAGUUUUAUGAAAAAAUUAGCCUUGGAAAAUAUCUGCAAAACAAAGAAACAACAAGUGCGGAUUACACAUUACAUGCUGUUCUGGUUCAUAGUGGUGACAACCACGGAGGACAUUAUGUUGUAUUUAUUAAUCCCGCUGGCGAUGGCAAGUGGUGUAAGUUCGACGAUGAUGUUGUCUCACGAUGUACAAAACAGGAAGCUAUCGAACACAACUACGGUGGUCAAGACGAGGACAUGUCUAUGGCUGUGAAACAUUGCACUAACGCUUAUAUGUUGGUUUACAUAAGAAAUUCUGAGCUGGAAAAUGUCCUGCAAGAAGUCAAGGAAGAGGAUAUACCUCAAGAGCUGGUGGAGAGGCUGCAAGAGGAGAAGAGGCUGGAACAAAUAAGAAGAAAGGAGAGAACUGAAGCAUACUUGUACAUGACUGUUAAUGUCCUUCUCGAGGAUAGCUUUGACGGUCACCAAGGAAAUGAUCUCUACGAUCCAGAGCACGCUUUAUAUCGUAUAUUUCGCGUACGUAAGCAGGCGACUGUGCACGAGUUUCUCGAACUACUGAGCGAUAGUCUGGUAAGUGAGUUUAAUAAAGACAUGGUGCAUUCGAUAAUUUUUCUGAAACGCCAUUACAUUAUAUAAAAGCUGAUUUUGUGAAUAUGUGUAUGUACAUCAGGUUUUAUUAGCGAAGUAAA